AGGAGGCGGCGCGGUAUAAGCGCGGCGCGCCAGCCGGUGGCUCAGUGGGACCGCCAUGUCUCUCGGGAGCACUCUGCUGGUGUCGGCCGCCGCGCUGUCGCUGUCGCUGGGCUGGCCGCUGCCUGUGCAGCACCAGCUGCCCGCCACCGACUUCCUGUGGGGCACGCUGCCGCGGCCGCCCGCCGUCUACGGGGUCGCCCUCGCCUCCUCACACAAGUGGUCCGUCCACCCCCACAGCGACCAGCAGCAGCAGCUCAUCUCUCUCAAGCAGGAGACGGUGGAAAUACCAGCUGACGCAGAGCAAGCAGCAGCGGAAGAUGCAGAGGAGGCAGAGUCGGCGACGGAUGUAGAAGACGACAUGCAGCUGGUGGUAUACAGCUUCAUCAACGCACCGGACAGGCCUUGUCCCGACGGCCAGUACCGCGACGCGCAAGGCAUCUGCAGGGAAGCCUGGUAGUCAGGCUACCUGCCCAGCAGCAGUGUCAUAUGGGCUGCAGGCGUACAAGGCGGCCUAAAAUUGACUGACAAGGAACAAUAGGCCUGGAAACUGUUCCCCUUCUCUUGAUGACCACUGUAAAUUUUGUUGUCUUUCUAGCUCUGAUACAUGACAUGUUCCUUAACGGAACUUAAUAAAUUUCGUUUGUGCACAAUA